AUGAAACCCGUCCAAGCCCUUCUCAACUCGUGUCCUCAGCUUCACUUCUUAACCUUUCUUCUUUUUUUCUUCUUCUGCAGCAGCAGCCCCAUCACACUCGCGGCCCCGCCUGUUCAUGAGACUCGCAACAACAACCCGUUAAAUAUUGAUUGGGAUCCCGCACCGUCACCCGAGGACGGACCACCUGCAUCUGCAAAUGCUCUGAGAGAUCCCGCAUAUCUCCCUUACCAAAUCGGCGCCAUCGUCGGAUCCUACGGAGUAUCAUUGGUGCUGGUCGCCUGUUUGUUGCUCGUACUAUCGAAAAGACGUCGCGAAGCCCUCACUGCUGGUGACGACGAGGUGAACUUUGAAGUCGGUAUCGAAGACCUGCUCUACGAGGCGUCGUCACCCCCGAAGCUUACCCUCGAGGUGCCGAGCUCGCCCAGGAGCAUACUCAGGAGUCACGUUCGCGACUUCUCGUAUCCCGGUGUCGAGGAGUACCAGACGCUAGAAUACCAAACUCCCCAGACUCCCUACAUCGCCCCAACAUCAACGUCAACACUUCAAGCGCCCGGAGUAGACUUUACCGUUGAUCAGAGAAUUGUCGCCAAAGACAAGGAAAUGGCGCAAACGCAACUUGAGGAGAUGUACAAGUACGUGAUGGAGCAGGAGGAGGCUAAGCUGCAGGGCAUUAAGCUGGAGGGGUCGCCGGUACUUACAGCCAACGCUCAGCUUCCGACACCGACAAACGCCAGUUUCAGCAAGUCGUCAUUGAGGAAGGAAAAGCACAAGCCAGGCAACUUGAAUCUGGCAGAGGAAAAGCCAGAGAAGAAGCAGUCAAGAGCGUCCUCCAUCUUCUCGGCCCUGCGGUCGCCCAAGAAGAACAAGGAUGUUCGGGGUAUCAGCAUUUCGUCGCCCAUCAUGACACCCAUGACGGGAACUUUCCCGAGACCGGAGGCUCAAGAGAUGAAUGCCAUUCCGCCGCGGCAGUACGCGCCACCCCCGCCUCCACCGGUCCCCAUGAGCCAGAUGCCGUACGGGGUGUACCAGCAAAACGGCCAGGUAUCACCUGUCAGCCCGGACCACUCGCCGGAGAGCACCCAGAGCAUCGACGAGCGGAUCGGGGGUCAGAUCCCCAUCGGACACACCCGCAAGCCGUCGGCAGCGCCAUCUGAAAUGGAUCCCAACUCGGCGGUCUCGGAGAGAUCGACCGCGCCGCUCAUCGGUCUCCCGCAAUCCCCGAAGCCGGGUGCCCGGUUCAGCUCCACACUGCCUUCGUCCCCGAAACCGGGGUCUUCAUUCCAGAUCCCCGCCUCCCCCAAUCCAGGGGCCGGGUUCCGAUCUAAGGCCCCGUCGGCGGUCCGUACUGGUGGAUCCCUGCCUCUCCGCGCAUACGAACCUGCGCUCAGCUCGCCAUCGCUGUCAUCGCAGACCACCAAGCAGACCGUGUUCACGCGCACGGGACCUCUGUCGCCUUCGGGAGCCCGCACGCCGGCAACCGGCAUGGCGGUGCCGUACUCGCCUUAUCAGCCUUUCACACCCUGCGUGCCCAUGACUCCGUCACUUGUUACUAAAGCUGACCGGAAGAGGAUGAAGAAGCUGGAGCCCAAGACGCCGACGUUGGAGAUGGUCAGAAGCGACGAUGACAUAUGGUAA